UUAAUAUACUUUUAGAACCACGAAUAUGAAUGACACGGAAGACUUGGCAUUAUCUCUAGAUUUAAAUCAAAGCUGCAAUCUAGCAGAUGUGAAACUAGAAGGAAGACGAAUUGUGGACAUUAAUUAUAUAUUCAAUACAAUAAAAUCGUUUUCACAUCCAUUUGGGUGCACUUUUAAAAAUUUAAUUUUUACUCAUGAAAUACGUAAUGGAUGCAUAAGUUCAUUUUAUUUUAAAUGUAAUUUUUGCAAUCAAAUAGAGGUGAUACAUUCAGAAGAUCCUGCCAACAAAUUUAAUACCAAUUUAGCAAUUGUAUCAGCAGCAGUGAAUAUAGGACAAGGACAUGCGCAGAUAGAAGAAUUGGGAGCUAUCUUAAACAUGCCAGUUAUGUCUAAUGAUAAAUAUCAAUUAUUGCACAACGAAAUUGCUACGUACUUCAAUGAGAUAUCUUGGGAAGAAAUCGAACUAGCUGGUAAGGAAGAAGCAAAGAUUGCCAUACAAAAUAAUGAAGUUGAUGUCAGUGGUAGACCAAUGGUAGCAGUGAUUGCAGAUGGUGCUUGGUCUAAACGCUCUUACAAAACGAAAUACAAUGCACUUUCUGGAGUUGCCUGCAUAAUUGGAGCUAAAACAAAAAAAGUUUUAUUCAUUGGCGUAAGAAAUAAGUAUUGUUGUAUUUGCCAGAGAGCGUCUAAAAAUAAUAUAGAUCCUAAAGAACACCUUUGCUUCAAAAAUUGGAACUUGCCUUCAACCGCUAUGGAAGCAGAUAUUAUUGUAGAAGGUUUUAAAAGAAGUAUUGAUAUGCAUAAUCUGAUAUACUCUAAGCUUAUAGGUAUUUAUUUAAAUUGGAUUAUAUUUUAAU